AUGGCCACAAUCACGCAAGGGCCACCAACAUCCAUUGGGCCCGUAAAUAAUACUAAAAAACUGCGACACAAAGCGAGCAAACCUAUCAUCACAUGGCUCUCAAAGAAACUUGGCGGCUCUCAUGCCCAACGCCCGCCCAAACCCGCCUUGAGCGUCGCCAACGUCAACACGGACAGUGCAGACCCUUCCUCGACUGUUAGGGGUCGUUCUUUAUCUCUUCAGGUCCCUCCAACCAAUGAGCCUGCCGCCAGGACCGUCGUUCUCAACGACGACCAGGAUUUGCCUUCACCCUCGGCAGCACGCAGUAUGUUCUCCGAACGCAACUCGCUGACUGCAGACUCGAUGUGGACAAAGAGAUCUCCAGCACUCGAAGCAGACGAAGACGCGUCUAUUCGUCCACUACCCCCGACGUCUCCUCCGUCUCCGACUCCAUCCCGUUCCUCCUCAUCCCAAAUUUCAGAUCUCCGAACGUUCAGAUCAGUUGCAGCCAGUACAAAACCUACUACCCUCAUGUCAAUCGACUCGGGCAAUGGCCUGAUUGCCGGAACCAUGGCUCACAUUGCUCAAGCCCCGAGUCCAAACUCUCCCUCAUCAUCAAACUCAAAUAAUCCACGAUUCUCUGUGCCUUUGGUACAUCCAGCCGUCGCCCGUGCAGCCUCUAGACACCGUUCGAGUAUGCAAGCCCCCCUUCACACCACUCAUCAUCCUCGAAAUAACCCAAAUCCAACUGCCGUGCCUGCAGAUAAUGCCUCGACUCUCACGCUCGCUUCUUCCGCUUUUGCUCUAUCUGCCAGGGGGAAUGAUUGGACAGACGGCAUCUCCGUGUCACUAGAUCAAUAUCAUGGCGAUGGAGACGUCAACUCUUCACAUAUUGGCAUAGAUGAUGAUGAUGCAGAAGUAGCUGCCAGCGUUCGAGCGCUCCGGCCGAGAAGUUCGCGUAGAGGAAGCUGGGAGAGUGAAGAGAGUCGUUGGAGCGCUCGAGUUGGCUCUGGCCCCAAUGGUGUCGGAUCUCCAUCCAUUGGGUCCGGCCUUACAAGACCCCCGAGCAUUGGCGGUCAGAGCACUGCGCCCAGUCUUAGCAUCAGCAAGCUCAAGCUGGGAGUUGGCAAUUCAGACCAAGAGAGUCACAAAACCGUCGGACUGGAUCACCCAGCAGAGGUUGACGCAGAGCACGAAGAGCUGAAGCAUGACGCCUCGUCGUCGACGAUUCCGGACACUCUUUCCUACUCUCCAGCUCCAGAAGGAAGCCUGCGGGACCCAGAAGCAACUUCGACGAACAGAGCGUCUGUUCGCUUCUCGGUCGCCAGUGAUGAACCAGCCGCCGCUUCUCCUGCUCGAUAG